CUGAGCAGUCCACACAAACAGCUGUGGUUUCAAGCUACUCGAGAUCGCCACCUCCAUUGACUGCCUGCCAUGCAAAGUCAAUCGUCGCUGCUGUGACGGGAGCUCUUGGAGGCACAGUAGCAGCAUGUAUCGACUCAACAAGCCAGCAGGCCGCGCAUGCCGUUACGGAAGGGAAUGCUACCAAGGAGCCUGCGACGGUGGGACCGUAUUGGUGCUGUACCGUGCUGCAAAUCCGCCACUCGCUGCGACUACCCUCCACUGAUGUUGCUGGAGUCUCUUCUCACGCAUCGCUGGAGCAGUCCAUGGCUGUGGUACUAAAUUAGCAUCACUUGUCGUCAUGGUUAGACGCGACGGCAAAUGCGGCGCAGGGGCCGAUCCCCCAGACAAGCUCUGGACAGAGGCAGCCAGACCGGCCAAUAGCCCGCCGCUCAAGUCCGCAUCCGGCGUAGCAGUGGCGGUGCCAGCCAAUACGACCGAGCCGGACAUACGUAACCACGUCCCAGUGGGGAGCAGCUCCUGGCGGUGCACAACGCCGGUGACAGCAUGCCAUGGCAAACCCGGUCUUGUUCCAUUUGUUUCGUCGCCUUGGUCGACCGGGCAAGCUCAAGGCCUGAGCUCCCUGCAUUACGUCGAUGGCACCACAUGUCCAGUAUAAAGACUCUCUUGUAAUCCUCCAACUUGCAAUUCCCGUUCCAUUCACUUCCACAUCAAACAAUCUCUCCGUACAACUAAACAACACACCUUCACUAAAACCUUUCCAAUUCUCCAAACUCAAUCAAUCAACAUGCGUUUCUCCACUGUCGUCGCUGUCGCCCUCUCCGCAGGUGCUGCCUCCGCCCAGAACCCCGUCUCUAGCAUCCUCGGCGACGCUACCUCCGCCAUUGGAGAUGUUACGUCCGCUGUUGGUUCCAACAUCCCCUCAGGAGUAACAUCUGCCAUCGCCUCUGCUACCUCGGCCGCUGGCUCUGACAUCAGCUCCGCUCGAUCUGGUGCAUCAAGCGCCAUUUCCGGAGCCUCAAGCGCCGCCUCUUCUGCCAUGUCAGGAGCAUCAAGCGCUGCCUCAUCUGUUGCCGGUGGAGCUUCAUCCGCCAUCUCUUCCAUUCAGGCUUCCGAGUCAUCCGCCGCGGCCUCCCUCAAGAGCGCUCUCUCCACCGCCACUGGAUCGGCUGCUUCUUCCAUUAGCCAAGCGCUCGCUUCCCAGUCCAGCGCCGCUGCCAGCCGCAUCGCUGGUGCAUCUUCCUCUGCUCAGGCCGCCGCAUCUGAGACUCCCAACGCUGCCGUCGCCCACGGUCUCCCCAUGGGCGCUGUCGCUGGUGGACUUUUGGCUGUCGCUGGUCUUUUGUAA